AUUCAGUACUCGUGUUGUCGUGCUCGAUUGCAGGUUUGCCGGGAGUUCAUAAACGGGCCAGUACGAUUUUUCAUUUGUUGUUAGUGAUCUCAAGUGAUGGCAACACAACUGGACGAGUCAGCGAUAGCGGAUCGGAUAAACGCCGACUCUCUAAGGGACAUACUUGAGAAGUACACCCACAACGAUGUGGAAAUUUGUAAUUAUACAAUUGAAGAUGGUGCGCCUAAGGGUCAGAACUUUAUGAGCACUGUUAUGCGCGCCAAAGUGACUUACAAGUUGCACGAUGAUGAGCAGAAAACGAUAUCGAUGAUUUUGAAAACUGGUUUGGUUGAUUCGGAAUUAGCCGAAAAUUCGGAGUAUGUCUUCAAAAUUGAACGGGACGUUUAUGGGCCAAUUAUGCGCCAAAUAAGGAUACUUCUAACGAGUUAUGGCGAUUGCAGCGUGUUUGGGCCGAAAUUAAUCCAUGACGAUACCAACUUAUUAGUAUUAGAGGACCUAUCAGAAAAAGGAUAUAAACAACCUGAUCGUAAGCAAAGGCUCGAUAUGAGUCAUUGCAAAUUGUUAAUCAGAAAACUGGCCAAGUUCCAUGCCGCAACGGCUGUGUUAGGGCGUAAGAAUCCAGAGCUGUUUAAAUUGCAUACGACUAGCGCAUUCCUAGAUGUAGCAAAUCAACUUCGAUUAUAUUAUCUGAAUAGCAUAGCGGAAUGCAUAUCUCUGGCUAAAACUACAACUGAGCUUAAACAGUAUGAAAAUUUUCUCAGAACAUUUGGGGAAAAUGUUAUUGAGCGAGAGUGCGCUGUUUUUUCUCAAGACAAUGAAGAAUUUCCGGUCCUCAAUCAUGGAGAUCUCUGGCUGAAUAAUGUCUUAUGGAAGUACGACAGCGAAGGCAACGUUGAAGAUGUUCUGCUCAUCGAUUAUCAGGAAUGUUUCUAUGGUUCGCCAGGUAUCGACUUAAAUCAUUUCCUCUACACAUCGGCAAACAAUGAUGUCCAGAGUACCGGAUUCGAAGAACUGAUACAAAUUUAUGUGGAUGAACUACAAUCAGCAUUAUUGUUGUUCAAAUAUGACGCAACGAUACCCACACUGGAAUCAAUUCUGCACGAGAUGAAAAAGAAACUCGACCACGCGGUGGUCGUGACAACAUGCAUCGUUCCGGCUUUGAUAAUCGAGAGAACAGAACUGGCUACGCCCGAAAACAUGCUCGAUGAUAGCGAGCAGGCUCGGCAGGCACGACGGGAGGUUUUCACCAAUCCCAAAUUUGUUGAAAUCUUGAAAAUUUUGCUGCCCAAACUGGCUGCUGACCAGUAAUCGCCGUCGGGGGAUUACCCGGUCGGGCAGCUUUUUUUCCUGGCGCAGUUAUCAGUAUGCUUGCUUCCAAUUUUGUGUUCGUUAUGUGUGUCACUAGUACAGAUAACGCAAAGACAGCUAAGUAAUCCGUGUCGAAGAAGGAAAUGGAAUACGUUCGUGAUUGUAUAGAUUAGAUUUAGAAUCGUUUCCGUCUAUUUAUGGAAUGUUAGGCGAACACUUUUUUGUGCAUUUUGAAACCCCUAUGAAACUGGUGUUGAUGGUGGUAAUUGAUAGUAAAAAAAAGACGGGUGGGUAAUGUCGCGGACAUAACCGGAGUGACGUAGGACUAUACAAAGGGGACAGCUCUUGUUAAAUAUAUAUUUUAAAUAUA